AAUCCUCCGUCUCUGUAAUUCGAUUCAUUGCAUCAAAUUUUGUUGGGAAGCUGUUCUGCUGAAGAUUGAAAUCGUGAUACAUUUUGCCGGAAUUUGUUGGCGCAAAUUCGUCGAUUUUAUUGACGAAGAAGAAACCCUAACUUUCUGAUUCCGAUUGCCUUAGAUCCACGAAAUCCACACUCCAUGUGGCAAAAACUUAGGGUUUCCAUGUGAAUAUUGCCAUGGUUUGGUUUCCUUUCCUCAGAUCUUUCUACGCUAUGGAUAAGCCUUUGAUUUUGUCGUUUUCCUCCAUUCUCCAUAGUAUAUAAAGGAUUGUUGCCAUGGAUGAGGUUUGAAGAAUCAAUCGAUUCUGCAAAUCUCACAUUCGAAAUCUUCGAAUCUCUGUUUGAAACUCUUCGUUCGAAAUCUUAGAAUUUCCAAUUGUGGUAGCAUCCAUCCAGCAUUUCGAAUCUAAUGGAUGCAUUUACUUACCCUGUUUCUGAGCAAUCUUCAUUUGAGCAGAACUCAGCUGCAGAUUAACUGGCUGAGUUUCGAAUAGUUUUGUUACCUUAUCAUCUGUAGAUGGAUUCAGUUACACUUAUUUUAAGCAAUCCAGUGUAUGAACUUUCCGGAAUUUCGAAAACCAGAACAUUCGAAUUCGUGUCGGAAACAUCGACAUCUUUGCUGUUAGACUCAUCUCUGAUGCUGGAUGGUAAUGCCAGUUGUGUUUUGACAGUAUCCGUCGAAAGGAACGAAGAAACUCCAAGUCGAACGGUAGCAGAACCGUCAAAGGAGAAGAUUCCGACCACCGGCGGCGGCGCUAAGAGCGUAUUCGAAGUAGACUGUGUGCCGCUAUGGGGUUCGGUUUCCCUCUGCGGACACAGGCCGGAAAUGGAAGACACAGUCACGGCGGAGCCUAAUUUCAUGAAAAUCCCUGUCAAGAUGUUUGCCGGCGGCGAUUCCUCCGUUGAUGGAAUAAGCCCGGAUUUAAACAAUUUGUCAUCUCAUUUCUUCGGGGUGUUCGACGGCCAUGGCGGAUCCGAGGUUGCGAGCUUCUGCCGCGACCGGAUCCACAAGGUUUUGAUCGAGGAGUUGAACAAUUGUAGAGAUGAUAAGGCGGCGACAAAUGUCGGCGCAAGGCAGGUGCAGUGGGAGAAGGUCUUCACGAGCUGUUUCUCGAGAGUCGACGACGAGAUCGGGGGAAAGGUCAGCCCGGAUUUAAGUAGUUUCCACCCGAUCGCCGCUGAGACAGUCGGGUCGACGGCUGUGGUCGCGGUUGUUUCGUCGUCGCACAUUAUUGUGGCCAAUUGCGGGGAUUCGAGGGCUGUUCUUUAUCGAGGGAAAGAAGCGAUCCCGUUGUCGGUUGAUCAUAAACCAAAUCGCGAAGAUGAAUAUGCUAGGAUCGAGGCGUGCGGAGGCAAGGUCAUUCCGUGGAACGGGCACCGUGUCUUUGGCGUUCUCGCAAUGUCGAGGUCUAUCGGCGAUCGGUACAUGAAGCCAUCCAUCAUAGCCGAGCCGGAGGUAAUGCUCGUGCCACGUGGCAAAGAAGACGAGUGCCUCGUCUUGGGCAGCGACGGAUUGUGGGAUGUCAUGAGCAACGAGGAAGUGUGCCAAGCGGCAAGAAGGCGAAUACUUGCAUGGCACAAACGGAACGACGGGAAGCCUUUACCUAAUCGAGGCCAAGGCGCCGACCCGGCAGCGCAAGCCGCCGCCGAGUAUCUUUGUAGUCUUGCCCUUCGAAAGGGGAGCAAAGAUAACAUUUCUGUCAUCGUAGUUGAUUUGAAAAUUCACCGAAAAUUUAAGAAUAAAUCUCCUUGUAAAUUUAGUUGUUAGUGUUCAUAGUUUGUGUAACGUCGUCAAUAUUAUUUCGACGAGCGAAAGCAUGUAUGUUUUUAUAUAUCGGAUCCUCUGUUCCAUUAACACAUCCUAUCCUCACAGACACAAUGUAUAUAUACGUACUCGUGUGUAUGUAUUAGUGUAUAUAUAAUACAGAGUUUAUUUUUA